AGAAAGUCUAGGAUUGAGGAGACUUGUGAAGCCUGCCCAUAUAUAAUUUUGAAAACAAUUUUGUGAAGGGAGUUGUCUGCUGUCUACAUGAUAUGUUUUGUCAUGACUUACAAUUUUAUUUUGAUCUAACAACACUGAACACUUCCCUAAAGUUCACAAUCCAAACCCACUUGACGGGUUGAGCUGCAGCAACCCUACAAAAGUGGUUGGAUCUCUCCUUUUCCCAAGGCCCCAUGCCGCUUUUGAGAUGGCAAAAAGGCAAAAAAAAAUAUAUGGAGAAAAGGGGGGAGGCCUUAGAUAAAGAAUUCAUCAAAGUCACUUGGAGUGGUGACUGGAGUCCCUAGCCAGUGCAGCACAGCUCAGCUCUCAGAGCUGUCAAAGGCGCAAAUCAAGCUAAAACGAAUUAAUGUAUAUCUAAGUCUUUGGCUACUGCUGUUGCUGAUGAUUGUGAUGAUGGGAGCCUUUUGUUUUUCCACCAUAUUCAACAUUCAAAGCACCCACCGCUUCAACAAAUAAAAAUAGAAAAGCUGUAGCGCCCUCUCUAGAAAGUGCCCACAGAACCCGAUACAAUUCCACCCAUCAGCCAUGACCCAGGUCUUCAACAGUCCCCCCGUCCUAUACAAGUACCAUAAAAAUUCAGAAUACAACACCACCCAUAAACCCCAAACUAUGAGCCAAGACUCCACAACCUCAACACUUCAUACCAGCCAUCAAUAUACACCAUGACCCAAGCUCCCUCUCCCUUUCUUAAGAACUUUUCAUAGUCCUAGUACUCUUACUCUUCUCUACUCAUGAACUGAGGUAGAACACAAGGAAGAAAAGCCAUGAUCCCUGCAUGUUUCAGCAGCCCAAACACACUCUCAAACAGCUCACAAAUGCCACAGAACCUCAUCACAUGCAUUUACCAAACUCAGCUCUGCAACUCACCUGUUCAUCUCACACUCACCUGGUCCAAGACCCUCUUCUCUCACUCCUUGACCAUAUAUGCUGCAGAUACCUUCUCCAUCACCAUCUCCCUCUACCCAUCAACCUUCUCCUUCCUCAGGAACCGACCUGGUUCAAAAUCCAUCCACCUCACCCACCACCAUUACCAGAAAAUCAAGCUUUACUGGGACUUCACUCGGGCUGAGUUCUCUGAGAGUUCGGCCGAGCCUGAGUCCUGCUUCUACAUUGCAAUUUCAAGUAAUGCCCGUGUAGAAUUCUUUCUGGGUGAUCUCCGGGAUGAGUUCACUCAGAGAUCCGGUGCAGCCUGGAUCCGCCAUUCAGCAGAACCAACUCUGCUUUCACGCCGAGAGCAUGUGUUUGGGAGAAGGAAUUAUGUAUCCAGAGCUCAAUUCAUGGGGUCCAAACAUGAGAUUGGCAUAGAAUGCAGUGGGGGAGUGCUCAAGGUGAAGGUGAAUGGAGAAACUAGCCUUGUUGUGAAGAGGUUGGCAUGGAAAUUCAGAGGCAAUGAGAGAAUUAUGGUAGGUGGAGUCGAAGUAGAGUUCUUCUGGGAUGUUUUCAACUGGGUUAACAACUGUGGAGCAAAUAGCAGUGGGCAUGGUGUGUUCGUGUUUCAGGUAGGUGAUGGUGGGGUGUGGCCAGAAAUGGUAGGUCCAGAGAAGAGGCUGAUGAGGAAGAGCUUGUCAUCAUCAGCAUCAUCGGCGUUGCAGCCGAUCUCAUUAUCGCCCUCACCCUCAUGUUCAAGUGUCCUACAGUGGGCUGAGGAGAGCAGUGAUGGUGGGAGAAGCUCAUGUUCAUCUACAAGAUCUAGUGGGAGUGGUGCAGGAUUCUCUUUGUUACUCUAUGCCUGGAGAAGAGAUUGAAGCUUGAAAUUCAGAUUCAUGUGAAUUUGAUUUGAGAAGAAAGUUUAUGUGAAAAUAUGUUUGAAUUUUCAGAGGUCUCUUCAUAAUCUGUGCUCAGAGUGUUCAUUUGUGUCGUGUGUAAAUGCAACUAAACUUUUUGA